AUGGCAGACGGUGCUGACAUUGACAGUGGCCAGAUUAGAAUUGCUCUGGAACCCGAAGCUGCUUCAAUAUAUUGCCGCCAAUUACCAGUAGAUGCAUCAACAAAUGAGAGGGAACAAGCAAUAUCAAAUCUUCCAAUUGGUACCAAAUAUAUGGUUCUAGACGCCGAGGUUAACGAAGUACAAGAAUCUAACACGCUUCGAGAAGAAAGAGCAGCAAAUGGCGGUGCUUGGGGUGGAACUAUAGUAAACAAAGCAUUUGAGGAUUUCUUAACGGAAAUUUUUGGUGAUACAGUAUUCGAGUCUUUCAAAAUGAAAGAAACUGAGGAUUGGCUUUAUAUGGCACUUCAAUUUGAAGAAAAGAAACGGGAGAUCGAAAUCAAAUCACCGAGGUAUACCACCUUACGUUUACCCGUUUCUAUGAUUGAAUUAUGUGAAAGGCUAAGUGGAAUCCAGAUUCAGGAUGCAGUUGCUGCCUCAAAGUAUGCUGAAUUAGUUGAUAUAGUCCGUGAUAAACUCAAACUCUCAACAGUUGUUUUUUUCUAUAUGUUUGGUCAAACAUUACAAAGAACAGUUGAUCAUGUUAAGUCUUUAUUUAUAGACAAAACUAUUAGGGAAGUUGGUAUCAUUCUUAUGGUUGUUGGGUUUUCAGAAUCACAAUUGCUGCAGCAAGCUCUGAAAGAAGCAUUUCCGAAUAAAGAAAUAGUCGUUCCAUUAAACCCUUCAUCGUGUGUACUUCGAGGUGCCUUGAUGUAUGACCAUACACCUUUGACGAUUAAUGGCAGAAUUUUAAAGUAUACAUACGGCGUAAAUGCAUAUACAAAAUUUAAAGAAGAUAGUUUAAGCUUUUUCCAGCAAAGUAAUUGUGAUGGCGCAACAAUCUUAACAUUUUACAAGCUUUCAUACUCGGCUGAUGAAGAAAAGAAAGCAAAGGAAACCAUGGUUGUUUUCAAUUUUUGGAAAUUCUUGAAGAAAACUGAAAGGGGAUGCAUUUCAACAGUUUGUGUCAACCAAGAUUAUUGGACUGAAAGUGAUACUGUUCUCACUUUAGAACACAUACUUCAGGCAUUCCUAGGAUAUGAGGCUCUGCCUACGGACAUCAACUCGGGGAUUAUCGAAUUUGAUUAUGAAAUGGAUGCAAUCUCUUAG